CGAGAGUGACAACAGUGUUGAGCCUUGGAAAACGAGAUACGAGCAAUAUAGUACUUUUAUUUCGAAAUGGAAUCGAAGCUUUUUGAUGUACCGCUAACUUCGUCACUUAAAGACGUAUUACAUGCAGUGGAUGAACUUGAAAUAGAUCCGACAUCCACUGAAAACGCCCAAGACUACAGCGAAGAUUCGAUUCCAGUUGAAAACACCCAAGACGACCGCGAAAAUUCGACUCUAGCUGAAAACACCCAAGUCGACAGCACAGACGCGGCUCCUACUAGAGGAAGGACGCUUGGGUUCUUAACACAUGAAACGCACCGCCGAUCAGAAGAAACCGACGCUAAACUCGGAUUUAUUAGGUGCAGUAAAGACAGCCCGUCAAGUCCCGCCAUCAUACAACACAAACCAGCCGACAAUGAAUACGAGUACAACAUGUCGCAUUGUAAAAGGGGUCGUGCAAUCAUCAUCAACAAUGUGAACUUUGAGCAUUGUACAGGCUUAGACGCAAGGACGGGGAGUGACGUCGAUGCCAGACAGUUGGUAAACGCUUUGGAAAGACUUGGUUUCUCUGUGACUAAGUACGAUGAUUUGAGCAUCAAAAGAAUGACAACUGUGCUAAGACUUGUAUCACGCGACGACCACAGUGACUGUGACUGCGUAGCUGUAGCUAUACUAAGCCACGGUGAUAACAGAGGCGUGUACGGAACAGACGGAAUCAUUGCCGUGGAGAAGUUAGCUGAAUAUUUAGAUGGGGACAAUUGUCCGACUCUUGUAGGCAAACCGAAACUGUUUUUUAUUCAGGCGUGUCGGGGUUUUAAACUCGAUAGUGGUAAAGAUCUUACAGAUGGUGUUGGAGACACAGAUGAAACAGAUGGAGGGUACCCACAGCGGAUCCCCGUGGCUGCGGAUUUUCUCAUGUGCUAUUCGACACCACCAGGUUACUACUCAUUCAGAAACCCAACAAAUGGAUCAUGGUUUGUACAAGCACUCUGUCAGGUUCUCAAUCGCUAUGGUGAUACCAUGGACCUAUUACGGAUAAUGACACGGGUGAUGAAGACAGUGGCUUACGAGUUUGAAUCCAGAACUGACCAAGCAUGGACCGAUAAGAAGAAACAGAUGCCAUGUGUUGUGUCUAUGCUGACAAAAGAUCUCUACUUCUUGCCCAAACUUGAGAAACGGUGAACAUUGUUUGAAAAUUUGAAUGUUAAUCAAGACUAGAUGCUAGUCCAUGGUCGUAAGACUUUGACAAAUCUACUACAUAAUAGACCUAACAUAGUAAAUCGGUCCUGAGGGCUGCGUGGACACUUACGUACAAGUCUGUCUGCGCAUGCGCAUUCACUUGGUAAUGUACUGAAGUACUGGAGACAACCAAUCAGUGUUGACACACAAUUCUGUGCCGACUGCGUAGUUACAUAGCAAUUCACCAGGCCAUUCUUAAGUGUACCUAGAAUGGCUGGAUUCCAGGCUAAUGCUACCCAGGUUUUGUUCCAGAUUGAAACUUUCUCCAGGAUAGUACAUGUUGCAGCUGUUAUUACAAUUAUUUGUCAACACCAGUAAGCGCCAAGCUGAUUGGUCCAGUACGAUGACUAAAUUUGCAUAUGAAGUACUGUACCUACAAUCAGAAGCAAUUUCCCAGCUACAACUAACUGUUAUAAUAUGGAUACUGCCACCAAGUGGUGAUUGUAUUCAUUUUCUCAUCCAACAUUACGUUGCAGGGAACUGUUCAUUUACAUCUCAUCUGGUUGAUAUUUACAUUCGUUGUACAUACUUUUAAACAUUAAAA